AUGGACACUUUGUCUCUUUUUGCUGAAUUUACUCAACCAUUCCUAUUGCAGCAACUUAUCAUGUUCUUUGAUGCCUACAAUUCCUCAUCGGAGGGCACUAAUCAUCCAAUAGCAGGCUACACGAUUGCAGUGGCUAUGUUUUUUGUAUCAGUUUUCAGAUUUCUUACCUCAAAUAGAUACUUUAUUGUGGGAUUCAGAGCUGAUAAUUCAGUUGAAGCCUCAUUGACUUCGAUGGUGUACGAAAAAGGUAUGAAACUCUCUCCAGAAGAGAGAAAAAAUAAAUCAACUGGAGAUAUAGUCAACAACUUAGCUGUUGAUGUGAAUUUGGUUUCUAUGUUUCCGUUUCAUUUUAAUGAUGUUUUUAGUUGUCCUAUCAGAUUAGUUUUAGCGUUGAUGGCCUUGUAUAAAAUAUUAGGAAAUGCAACAUUUGCUGGUGUCGCCACAACAAUCAUAUCGGUACCGUUGACGAUGACUGUAAGUUCAAAAAUUUUUGCUUUAUACAAUUUGAACAUGGAAUAUAAAGAUGCAAGAACUAGAUUAACAUCUGAUAUCUUGAACUCAAUAAAAAGUAUCAAGCUUUAUUCUUGGGAAGAACCCAUGCUUGAACGAUUAAGUGAAAUCAGAAACGGUAAAGAGUUAAUUACCAGUAAACAAAUUGGUAUAUUCAAUUCAUUUAUACUGUUCUUAUGGGCGUGUGUUCCUUAUUUGAUAUCUAGUGCCUGUCUCAUAGCCUAUAUUACUUUGGGAGGAAAUAUUCUAACCCCAUCGGUAGCCUUUCCGGCUUUGUCCUUAUUCGACGUAGUGGCCUUGCCUAUCCAGAUUUUACCAGAUGCUAUUACUUCUUUGUUUGAAACGAAAGUCUCUUUGGAUAGAUUAUCAGAAUUUUUUUUAAUGAAUGAACUUUCAACUGAUUAUGUUGAAAGAUCUAAUGUUUCGGUGAAACUGAAUGAUACUUCCGUUAUUGCUAAAAAUGCAACAUUUUUAUGGUCUCCCAAGAAGCAAGUUUUUGGGCAAGACGAGGAAUCUGAUAUACAAUCAGAAUCCAAUAAUGUUGCUUUAACAGACAUUGACUUCACUGCGAAAAAAGGAGAAUUAACGUGCAUCGUUGGUAGAGUAGGAAGUGGGAAAUCAACUCUUUUGAGGGCAUUAUUAGGAGAAGUUCCCUUAGUCAGAUCAGAGGAUACAAUAUUAAGAAUUAAUGGAUCAGUUGCAUAUUGCUCUCAGGCACCAUGGAUCUUAAAUGGAUCUGUUAAGGAAAACAUAUUGUUCGGUUAUAAAUAUGACAAAGAAUUCUACCAGCGAACAGUAGAAUCAUGCCAGUUAUCAAGUGAUUUUGACAUGCUUCCAGAUAGAGACCAAACUAUUGUUGGAGAAAAAGGAAUUUCUUUGAGUGGUGGCCAGAAAGCGAGAAUUGCUCUUGCUAGAGCAGUUUAUGCAAGAGCAGACGUGUAUCUUCUAGAUGAUGUCUUAUCUGCAGUUGAUGCUCAUGUCGGAAAGAAUAUCACUGCUCAAGUAUUAGGACCAAAAGGACUCUUAGCUAGCAAAACCAUAAUUUUGGCAACCAACUCAAUUAAUGUUUUGCAUAACGCUAAAGAAAUAGUCUUAUUGAAAGCUGGGACAAUAAUAGAGCGUGGCUCAUUUGAUGAGGUUAUGGCAAGGGAUUCCGAAUUGACAAAUUUGUUAACAGAAUUUUCAAGCGCUACAAAAAAUAUCAGUGAGCCGUCUAUUGAGCCGUCAAAUUCAGACGAAGAAUCAGAAAACAUAGAUCAAGAACCUAAACCAUAUCUCCCAACUGAAGAUGAAGAUUUGGCACUAAUUAGAGUUGCUACUCACCACACUUUAGGGGCAUCCAGUGUUGCUUCCUUGGGUCACGAAUACACAGAAGAAGAAUUAGGAGACGAUAGUAUUGUAAAAAGAACAGGUCUUACUGUUGAACAAGAGACUAAAGGUAAAGUUAAAUUGGGUGUCUAUCUUGAGUUUUUCAAAGCAUGUAACUAUCGUUAUGUGAUUUUCUUCUUGAUUUGUACUGCUGGUCAAAUAUCUGGUACAAUUUUGUGUAGCUACGCUAUUAAAAAUUGGUCAGAGAAAAACGCCAUAGCAGGAGAGAAUGUGAACCCUGUUUUUUACUUGACGCUAUACGUAUGUAUAUGUGUCAGCAGUUCAGCGCUUGUUUUAAUUGGCUCUGUUGUGGUAUGGAGUUUCUGUGUAAUUGGAAGCUCAACCUAUUUUCAUGAUAAAAUGGCAAGAAGUGUAAUAAGGUCCCCUAUGUCUUUUUUUGAUACUACUCCCAUUGGUAGAAUUUUGAAUAGGUUUUCCGAAGAUAUAAAUGUGAUUGAUCAACAGUUGAUAUGGGUGCUUAUGGCGUUUCUUGAAUAUUCUUUCCAAGCUAUCGGUUUGCUUGCGGUGAUAGCCUAUAAUCUCCCCAUAAUGCUCGUGGUCAUUUUCAUUCUUUUCUUUGUUUACAAUAAUGUCAGACUAGAAUUCAUACCAGCUUCGAGAGAAUUAAAGAGACUAAGCAGUGCUAGACGUAGUCCUAUAUUUUCUCAUCUACAGGAAUCCGUCAACGGUGUUGAAGUUAUUAGAGCAUUUGGACAAGAGGAAAGGUUCAUGUUCAAAAACACGUAUAAUAUUGAAAUGAGAAUUAAAGUUCUUCAUACAAACUUCUGUUGCGGAAGGUGGCUUUCUAUCAGGCUUCAGACAAUCUCCUCCAUUAUAGUCUUUUCAACUGCAUUAUUAAGUUUGGCUUCCUUAGGAACGAAGCGUGAAAUAGGCAGUGCCAUGUUAGGGUUUGUUAUGCUUCAGUCGCUUAGUAUUACAGGUAUGUUAGCUUAUAUAACCCGUUGUUGGGCAGACAUUGAAACAAAAUCAAUCUCUGUGGAAAGAAUCGUCGAAUAUUGCAACUUGAAGCCGGAAGCUAAGCUCGUUAUCGAGGAUUCACGUCCUAAAGAUUCUUGGCCAGAGGCAGGAGCCUUGGAGUUCAAAAAUUAUUCUACAAGAUAUAGAGAAAACUUAGACCCAGUAUUGAAGAACAUUUCAUUAGAAAUCAAAUCAAAAGAGAAAAUUGGAGUAGUUGGUCGUACUGGGGCUGGAAAAAGCUCCUUGACACUCGCCAUAUUUCGACUCAUUGAACCAAUUGAAGGUCAUAUUGAGAUUGAUCACGUCAAUACUAGUGUCUUGGGUCUUUUUGACUUGAGACGACAUUUAAACAUCAUUCCACAGGACUCACAUACAGUCGAAGGUACAAUACGAGAGAACCUAGAUCCCUUCAAGAAGCACACCGAUGAGCAAUUAUGGAGAGUUUUGGAGUUAGCCCAUCUCAAGGAUCAUAUUGAGCAGAUGAAAACAGAAAAGAAGACUACUAAGGAAGACGCAAAAGAGCCCCAGAAGUUGAAUGAAGAAAGCGAAGCCGAAGAUAAGUUUGAUACAGGAUUAAACGCAAAAGUUUUCGAUAACGGUUCUAACUUAUCGAGUGGCCAGAAACAGUUAUUAUCACUUGCUAGAGCUCUUCUCAACCCUUCAAAAGUUUUAAUUCUAGAUGAAGCUACUGCUGCUGUCGAUGUCCAAACGGAUAAGAUUGUACAAGCUGCAAUUAGGUCACAAUUUGAAGACAAGACUAUCCUUACGAUUGCUCAUCGUAUUGAUACCAUUAUGGAUAGCGACAGAAUACUUGUCUUGGAUAAAGGUACGGUGAAACAAUUUGACUCGCCUGUGAAUUUGUUAAAGGACGAGGACGGCAUCUUUUACUCUUUAUGCAAAGAAGGUGGGUACCUUGGUUUAUUUGAGCAAAAUAAAUCUGAACUCCCGAAGUGA